GCAGACCGUACAUUAAGAAUCGCGAAUGCCCCAGCACAUCCACGUAACGCUGCGAACGUUUAUAAAAGACACAAAUAACAUUAAAAUUUUCGCAUUCCUGUUUAAUUCGCGAAACGAGACGCGGGCAAGUGACAGUGCGUUUUCGAAAAAGAAAAUUUUGGUAUACUUUUGACGUGGUAGUGAUUUAAUUUUUUUUAAAUAAUAUUUUGACAAUAUAGCCACAUAUAAAAUGACAAUGAUGAUGACAAAGUUGUUCUUCGUAUUUCUAUGCGGGACGUACGCUAGGAAUAUAGAUGAGUUGGACCUUGAAGUCGAGAGUAAUACUAUGCUCAAAAUAUUACGGGAUAUGGCAACACAAACAAAAGCCGACACAUUGAAUUUACCAGCCAAUGCAUCGUCCAUACGAGAAAAUAUUACGGAUACUUUUAGUUGUGAGAACCGAACGUAUGGCUACUACGCCGAUGUCGACAACGAUUGUCAAGUGUUCCACAUCUGUCUGCCAACUCAAUUACCCUCGGGAAGAGCUGUCACGUAUAGAUACAGUUUUAUAUGUCCCAAUGAAACUGUAUUCAAUCAGGAAGUAAUGGUGUGUACAAGACCGAUAGACGCCAUCGACUGCGAAGACUCUCCAUUGUACUACGACUUAAACCAAGAAAUCGGUAAAGUACCCAAUAAUACCGACGAAAACGCCUCCGAGACUACGGAAAAGAAAGAGACACAAAUGGUCAUUCCAACAGUCCCGAAAAGGAAAGAAGAUAAACGCAAGCAAAAUAUUGUUAUCGAAAACCUUAUCAAGGAAGUCGUCAAUGAGGAAUUAAAGGAUAGGUUACAGGAGUUUGUCGAGCAGCACUCAGAUGUUAUGCCUGUCGAAAUGCCUGAAAUUAACUCAGAAGACAUCCAAGAAGUGGUAGUGGAAAAUGAACCUAAAUAUGAAGAUAUUGAGGAUGCUUUUCCUAUAACCGAUGAUGACGUCGAAGGAAGGAUAGCUAUGGAAAGGAGUAUGAAAAACGUGGGAAGAGGAGCAUUUAGAUUUAGGGCCGAUGUUUAAGUUUAAAACGUCAUUACGAAAACUUGUUGUGGUGCCAAUUUUUAUGCUUUUUAUGAACUCAAAUAGGUAAUAUUUCCCUGGUCACAUUAAAGAUCUUGCAUUGUUGAUAAAAAAAAAUAUCAUAAUUUUUGGUUUCAGAAUAAUUCUUGAAACAAUUAAUUAUUUUUGGAUUAAUUGGACAUUUCUCUCGGUCUAGGAAUGGAGCCAGGUUUUAUGUUUUAUAAUAUGUUCAUCGCCAACUAAGAGACACAAACGUGCGAUAUCGAGGUUUUUUUAAGAUCAAGCUUCGUGUAGUUAUGAGUAUUAUAAAAAUAAAUAUUUAGUUAUAAUAAAUCCUACUUUAUAUAAGCUGUAGACGGAGGUAAAUCUCGAGUAGAUUAUGUUGAGUUUACCCCCGUUUCAUAUAAUGCAUCGUGCUAGCCAUUGGGCACAUACUCUUCAGUGAUAUUUUGUAAAUAGAUUAUGUAUUAGAAUAAAAUUAUUGUAUGUGCC